UAUUUGUUUGCUUCAAAUUGUGUUUUUUUUCUUCCCUUUAACCAGGAAUGCUUUCUUGCCGUUCAUAUUUUUAAAUGCAUUUUGUUUUGAGACAGCAAUGCCCUUUUCUCGUUCGUGUAGAUUUAACAUUCGAGAUUGUUUUCACCAUUUCUAUUACGAUGUGCUAUUUAUUUGUUUUUUUUCCCAAACCCUGCUAUAAUUUUGUAGUGCUGCAGGUCCGUUGGAUGAUUUGCUUUUAAAAUUUGCUGGCAUUUUUAUUAUAUUGAAUGUUUUCCUAAAAUUUCUUAGUGGUUGAAUGUGUAGGAUAGAUCACUGAAUUUAUGAUGUCCUUUUUAUGUGUUUUUUCAUAACCCUACAAGAAAUUGUCCAUGCUAUGCAGUAAACCCUCUUCACUGUAAAAAAGUUUAAGAAUGAACGCGAUUUAUAUAGUCUUUGAUGUCGGCAAGGCAUACUUUUUUCAGUGUUAAAUUUUAAACUACAGCCAUCCAUUAGUAAGCGUGUUUGGUUGAGCUGAGAUUAGUUUGAGAAUUCUGGAAUUUGUUUUUUAUUUAUAUUUUAAUUUUGUUUAUAUUUGGCGGAGCCCUUUGUAUUUUAAUUUAUCAGAGAACAACAAAGACCGAUUUCACCUUAGCAAGAAAUAGCAACAAAUAAGAGAAAGAAGCAUAAACGUGAAAGUUGAACACAGAUAUGCCUUCAAGAAACUCACUCAUGGGUGAAAUCUCUAGCAAAUUCUGAGCAUACUCACACUUAAAUCUUCUCCAAAAUGGCAAGUUUGUGGUGAGAGUUGAACCUAACCUGAUUUGUUCUUUUCGGCCGGUCGCUCUUCGGAAUUGGGUGCGAAAUUAGUUGGGGUUAAAGUGGUGGGGAUUAAGAACUUGAGCUGCAAGAAGGUUUAUUGAUGGAAUAGUUGGUUUAAUUAGAUGAUUGAGAUUUGAGUUUGGACUGGAAUUUUUCUGCCGGAAAUUUAAGGCUCACGAUGUACAGUUUAUUGGCCUUCCCAAAAUCUACAAUUGAAUAGAAGCGUUCAGGAAGAAAAUUUGAAGGGGAGACAAAAGAGAGACGAGAAAAGGAGAGUUGGGUAAAUGGGGGCUUGCUGUUGUUCCUUGAAAGGAGAUAAUCAGAUCGAUUAUAGCUCUGGGGUGAUCUCUCAUGGACGCUAUUGUAUUCCUGGUUGCGCCACAUGUUCCAAUGGAGUGGCUUUUACUUCAAGGACAGAAAAUCAGGACUCUUCUUCUGUGCUAGAGAGAAGACAUUUGCAGACAGAACAAAGUAGAGCAGUAAUUAGACAGAAUAAAAGCGGUCCUGUUCAGGGUGAGGAAUCUCAACUUUCAAGAGUAAGCAUUAGUGAACCUCAAAGUGAAGAUGUGACAUCACUGCAAAAUUUGAAAACUGCAGAGGACAAGAGCCAAUUAGCAGAUAGCAUGCCAGGGUCUCCAGAGAAAUUGAGUGAUUCUACUUUACCAUUGGCAGAUGAGGAGGAUGUCUGUCCUACUUGUCUGGAAGAAUAUGAUGAGGAAAAUCCCCAAAUAACCACAAAAUGCGAUCACCAUUAUCAUCUUUCAUGCAUACUUGAGUGGAUGGAAAGAAGUGAUACAUGCCCCAUUUGUGAUCAGGAAAUGAUAUUCAGUGAAACAAACUAAAGUUAUCAUUUGAUGAGAGCUGUUAAAGGUUGGAAAAUCAACUUUGUAUUACUACUGAUAAGAGUUUAAGAUUCUCGCUGCAUUAAGGAAGAGAAGAGGUGGUAGAGGGGUUCUCUUCAUUUCCUUUUCACCUGUAACAUGUAAUAGCAAUCCUAUAUUGAAUUGACGUAUAAUAUCAAAUUCCUUGUUCAAAAUGAAAAUAUUUGUCAUUGAAAUUU